GGGGGUGUCGCUCUCGUGCCAGCGCAAUCACUGCUCACGCUCAUCAGCUCUCACGCACACUCCCUCCCCCCCGCGCGCUAUCUGAUGCGCACACGCACUUUGCAGCCUCGGCGCUGUAAACGCACGGACGCACUCCACUUUGGUGCACCCUCCUCCAGAGCUGCAGCCUCCUCUCCAUGCAAGCAUCCUCUGCGCCCGGCGCGUGCUCAGAGAGCGGAGACAUGAGUGAAAGACAGCGGAGAGGAGCGCAGGGACACAGAAGGGAAUAGAAGGGAGCGGGGAGAGCGCGCUCUGGCUCUUGCAUGAAGGUGGGAGGACAGUUUGGAUUAAACUGGCUGCGUCCUGCUCUGAAGUUCCCGCGAAAGGUGAUGACCUCCACAGACCUCUGAGUGGCGUCCGGACUCAAACUGGCGGUCUGAAGGACCACGCUUCACAUCUCCAGACGUCGUCUCUCCUCAUUUCACUGCACAUUCGAGGACUUUGAACUUCAGCUUGGGGACCUCAACUCCACAGAUUGCCAAUGCUAACAAGGAACUGCCUGCUGCUGUUCCUGUGGAUUCUCGUUAACGCGGGUUCGGUUUCUUCUUUGCGGCCACCUUCAUCUCCAUUGGGACGGAGCCGGACGGGGAGGGAGCACGCCAGGAGCUCGGCGGGCUCUGCGAGGAAUGGAGCGGCGGGAUUUCAGCGGGUCAAGAGGGGCUGGGUGUGGAACCAGUUCUUUGUGCUGGAGGAGUACAUGGGGUCAGACCCUCAGUAUGUGGGCAAGCUCCACACUGACCUCGAUAAGGGGGACAGUCUGGUAAAGUACACCCUCUCAGGGGAAGGGGCCGGCUCCAUUUUCACGAUUGACCAAACAACAGGGGACAUCCAUGCCUUAAGGAGUCUGGACAGAGAGGAGAAGCCUUACUACACCCUGCGCGCCCAGGCCGUGGACAUUGACACCAACGCCCCGCUGGAGCCGGAGUCUGAAUUCGUAAUCAAGGUUCAAGAUAUCAAUGACAACGAGCCAAAGUUCUUGGAAGGGCCGUAUGUAGCCAGCGUUCCCGAGAUGUCACCAGUCGGAACGUAUGUGACGCAGGUGACCGCCACGGAUGCAGACGACCCCACUUAUGGAAACAGUGCCAGGGUGGUCUACAGCAUCCUCCAUGGCCAGCCGUACUUCUCUGUUGACCCCAAAACAGGGGUUAUAAAGACAGCCCUGCCCAAUAUGGACAGAGAGGUGAAGGAAGAAUACCAGGUUCUAAUCCAGGCCAAGGACAUGGGGGGCCAGCUGGGAGGACUGGCCGGGACCACGAUCGUGAACAUCACCCUCAGCGACGUCAACGAUAAUCCGCCGCGCUUUUCUAAAAGUUUCUUUCACCUGAGAGUUCCAGAAUCUUCUGCAGUGGGCUCUGCCAUUGGCCGGAUCAAAGCACAUGACCUGGACAUCGGAAGGAACGCGGAAGUGGAGUAUACUAUCGUUCCCGGUGAUGGUGGCGCCAUGUUUGACAUCACCACCAACGAACACAACCAGGAGGGCAUCAUCAUUCUCAAAAGGCCACUGGACUAUGAGAGCAAGAAGGCGUACACCUUUAAGGUCGAGGCCUCCAACGCCCACAUGGACCCACGCUUUCAGAGCUUUGGGGCCUUCAAAGACACCGCCACAGUCAAGAUUAACGUUUUGGAUGUGGAUGAGCCCCCGGUGUUCAAUAAGCCCUCCUAUGUGAUGGAUGUGUACGAGGACACACCCGCGGGCACCAUCAUCGGAGCGGUGACAGCCCAGGAUUUAGAUGCCAGCAGCAGCCCGGUCAGGUACUCCAUCGACUGGAGGAGCGACUUGGACAGCUACUUUGACAUCGAUCCAGUGGAGGGCACCAUUUCCACCAACGACCUGCUGGACCGAGAGAACAUCGCCCAGCACAACGUCUCCGUCGUAGCAACCAAGCUAAACAGCCCGGUUCUGACCAGCCGGGUGGCCGUCACCGUCCACGUGCUGGACAUCAACGAGUUCCCGCCCGAACUGGCCAGUCCGUACGAGACCUUUGUGUGUGAAAAUGCCCGACUGGGACAGGUUAUCCAAACGUUUGGUGCUAAAGACAAAGACGUACCGAGCGCUGGACAGCAGUUCUCCUUCAGAACACCGAAAGAGGACAUGAAGAACAAGAACUUCACCAUCCGGGACUUUGGAAAUAACACGGCUGGAAUCGUGACCAAGCGCGUCGGCUUCCGCCGGCGCUUACAGGAGAUCUACUUCCUUCCUGUCGUGAUCGAGGACAACGGCUACCCCCCGAAGAGCAGCACGGGCACCCUGACCAUCCGGGUGUGCGGCUGUGAGUCGGACGGCUCUGUGCUCUCCUGCAGCGCUGAGGCCAUUUUCCUCCCCGUGGGUCUGAGCACUGGAGCUCUGAUCGCCAUUCUGCUGUGUAUCGUCAUCUUAUUGGGUAUCGUGGUUCUCUAUGUGAGCUUGAGGCGACAGAAGAAAAAGGAAACCCUCAUGUCAUCCAAAGAGGACAUUCGAGAUAACGUGAUCCACUAUGAUGAUGAGGGGGGAGGAGAGGAGGACACGCACGCCUUUGACAUGGGAACGCUUCGCAACCCCAAAGUUGUCAAAGAGAACUUGUACCGCCGGGACGUCAAGCCGGAGAUGAAACGGAGCCCGAAGCCGCCCGUCUCUCAGGACAGCGCCGACAUCCGAGACUUCAUCCACCAGCGGCUGGUGGAGCACGACUUGGACAACUCGGCCCCGCCCUACGACUCCUUGGCGACGUACGCUUACGAGGGCGAGGGCUCCGUGGCGGAGUCGCUAAGCUCCAUCGAGUCUGUCACUGUAGACCCGGAGGAGGACUACGAUUACCUCAGCGACUGGGGGCCCCGCUUUAAGACGCUGGCCGGGAUCUUUGGGGAACAGUCAGAAACCCAGUCGGACUCCACAAACACAGAAAACACUCACGGAUGAAACCACGAACUCCAGAAGGAAGAGAGAUCUGGUACUCGUGUCCCACCAACUUUUCUUUUUACUUCAUUUGAACAUUUUCAUUCUUACCAACAUUUUUUUAUGAUGUACUUUGUCACGCUCCGUCCUAAAAUUGUAAAAAAACAAAAAAAAACAUGACGCGAGCAGCCAUUCAGGAGUGUCUCGGUUGUUUAUUACAUUUUUGUUUCCAUUUGGGGAAUGCAAGCGGAAGGAAAUGUUUCCUGGAACAUCCUUUAAAGUGCCUCAAUCUAAUUGUUUUUAUGAUUUUUCACUUAUUAGUUCUUUGGUUUUUCACUCCACAGCAUCUCUCCAGUGUUCCUUCUUACAACCCCAUAGUUGAAGCUGACUCCGUCAGCGUGCUGUACUGUGCUCUGACUGGCCGGUAGCCCCGCCCCCUCCGGCUCUGUGGAGAGAAUGAGACGGCCCACGUUUGGCCAAAGAUGUUUUGAAUGUUAUUUAUUGUUCUAUUUAUUUAUAGACUGACUGAGUUUCUUGGGAGGUUUGUGUAUUUAUCUAUUUAUCUCUCUGUCAUCAAACUGUAUUUUUAUUUUUGAAGACACUUGAGGAUUUUGUAAUUACUAAAAGGCCCACAUGAAAAUGUAUGUUUCUGUUAUAGGUGGGUCUUGUGAAUAGACUUGUACUAGAGUUGUAAAAAGAUGACUUAGGGCUAAAUAAUGCAGUUCAGUCGUGUAAUAAGCACUGUUUCUUAAAUAAACAACACUUGGACAGAA